AUGAGAUCUCUUUCAAGAGUCAGCAAAGGAAGAAGAAUGCCUCCACAUCCUCAACAACAUAACAGUGAUGAUGAGUCGCGGGUGGAAUUGGACCUCAACGUUGAUAUUUCAGCUUCGCCCACAAGGGCCCCUCCCAUUCGGAAGAAGCAUUGGACUGCGGAGGAACAUAGGUUAUUUCUCAGUGGUUUGAAGAAAUAUGGUAAGGGAAAUUGGAAAAACAUUGCAAAGCAUUGCGUGGUGUCAAGAACUCCCAUGCAAGUUGCUAGUCAUGCUCAGAAAUAUUUCCUCCGUAAGAAGAAUAUGAACCAGGCGAAAAGAGAAAGCAUCCAUGACCUAACUCUAGAUGAUGAUACACAGCCACCUUCUCAGAAAAUGACUCGUUCUCACGACACGUUUUGCCAGCACAGUUGA